CAAGGCUCAAGGCCUUUUCGUCCCACCCUCAUCUGUGGAUUUUUCCAGCUGCUUUUCUUGGCCCAAGGAUGAUACCCACAGGGAUGCAGAUGGGGGAAGGGGAAGCAGAGAAAACAGUGAAGUCAGAACGAGCUAGGGAAGAGAGAUACUAAGAUGGAGAAAUGGCGCUAAGUGGUCCAGCCAUCUGAAACAGGGCAUUUUUUUAAGUAGUGGCUGUGUAGGGAAUGGUGAGGAGGUCUCAGCAGGCAACUUUCUCCUUUCCACCCCAAACUGAGGAACAUUGGCGUCCUGAGUGUGGGGUGCCUCCUUCUAGGACUGGGCUGAAGCCUGGGAACCCUGCUGCCAACAUCUGGGGGCAAGAUCAUGUCUGCUAACAAAGGCUGGUGGGUGCCACCCCAAGGUGAAGACAGCGUGUCUGAGAAGUUCCUGAGGAAGACCAGGGAGUCUCCACUGGUGCCUAUAGGCUUAGGAGGCUGCCUAGUGGUGGCAGCAUACAGGAUUUACCGGCUGAAGGCUCGUGGUUCCACCAAGAUGUCCAUACACCUGAUUCAUACCCGAGUGGCAGCGCAGGCCUGUGCUGUGGGUGCAAUCAUGCUAGGUGCUGUGUACACAAUGUACAGAGACUAUAUCAAGAGAGCAACACAGGAUGCGGGCGAGAAGUAGGUUUCUACAGCCAAGGGCAGUCAGACCCUCUCACGUCAAU